UCGUAACAAAACAGACAGCACUACAAAAACAUCUUCGUUUUCAAGCGGGGGAGGAAUUAAUUUGCUGAACAGCUGAUUCGGUUUUCUCUUUUCUGUAAACCCAUCCAAGGUUUUAAACUUCCUCCACAUAUAAAAUGAUGCUAUCAUUUGCAAAAUAGACGAAUGCAUUAUAACUAAAGUUAAUUGAGUGUGCUAUGAAUUAAUAAACCUUUACAGUAUUUCACGUGACCAAUGGGUUCCAGAAUAAGGGAGAAUCCUGUUCAUGUUUUUGAAUGUUUUUUUGAAGUUGUUAUUCCUAGUGAAAAUGAAGAAAAAGCUUGGAUACUUCAAAAGUACCCUGAAAAUUUUGAUGAUAAGGAAGUGCUCAAGUCUGUGCCUGAAUUUGCAUGUCCAUGUGAAUUUACAAAUGCUGCAAUACAACAUUUUUCAUUUGUUUUGACAAGCCUUGAUAGCAAAUGGUCUUUUGGUUACUGCAGACAUGCUCCAGAUUCUCCUACCCUUUUUGUGAUGCUCAGCUUCUUGCCUUGGCAUGAAACAUUUUACAAAAUUUUGAAUCAAAUAUCAGAUCUUACCAAUGCUAAAGAAUCUGGUAUGUUGACUAAGUUCCUAGAAUCUCUCUACAAUUCUCCAGUCCCUGAUCCUGGUUUGAAUCUGCAUGUUUCAUAUAAUGAUAAAGAAUUUAUUGUAUACUGUCCAAAUCAUUUGAAACCUCCAAGUAUACCAGAAAAUAGGAAUUUAACUGAAUAUUUUAAUGCGAUUGAUGCUCAAAAUAUGAUGAUAAUUUUUGCUAGCAUGCUCCAUGAACGGCGGAUACUUGUUACUUCCAAAAAACUCAGUCGUUUAAGUGCUUGUGUUCAAGCUGCAAAUUCUCUCAUUUAUCCAAUGCAUUGGCAGCAUAUUUUUAUUCCUGUUCUUCCUAAGCAUUUAAUUGAUUAUUUAAGUGCACCGAUGCCCUUUUUGAUAGGAGUACCAUCUAUAACUAUGGAGAAAUUUAGGCAGAGUGAACUGGGUGAUGUUGUUGUAUUAGAUGCUGAUAAUAACCGUGUGAAAACACCUUAUCAAGAUCUAGAAACUCUACCUUCUGAUAUUGUAUCUUCUUUGAAGCGAAGCUUGAAAAAUCCAAAUAUGAUGUUGGGAGAUGGUGUAUCUAGAGCUUUCAUGAGAGCAUUAGUGAAACUGAUUGGAGGCUACAGAGACUCCCUAAAGUUUGUAUUAGGUGAGAAAAUCAGUUUUGAUGCUGAAGCAUUUAUUCAAACAAGGCCUCCUUCUGUUCAGCCUUUUCUAGAGACAAUGCUUCAUUUGCAGAUAUUUCAACAGUUUAUUGAAAAUCGCUUGGAUAUGUUGAAUUCAGGUAUAGGAUUCAAUGAUGAAUUUGAGUAUGAAGUAAACAUAUACGAAGUGCAUUCCAGUAAUAACCUUAAAACUCAGUACAAAGAAUGGGUUACAACCAUGAAGAAAGAGGGUGGUGCAUUUUUGAAGAAUGUGAAAAGUAAAACUAAUCCUGCUGUAAAGCAUGCUUAUAAAUCUGUCAAAGACAAAGGUAAACGAGCUUAUAAAGACAUCCGUUCUCGGAUUCAAGAUAUCCAAAAGCAUCCUAGUCAACCAGAUUUGAGGUUUGACAGCUUCGAAAAACCAAAAAGUGCACCAUCCAGUCCAACUUCAAUACGAUCAAAUCGGUUUGUCAACAACAAGAGAAUUUCUUAUAACCAUACUAUUGAUGCUACAAAAUCUGCUGUUCGUGAUUCCAUUAAUUUACCAAAUUCUGGGAUUCGACGAUAUAAAAUGCUUACAGUUGAUGAGAUAUCAUUGCCGUCUGAAGAAUCUACAGAAGAUAGGAGCAGUCCCAGUCUACAACAGAUCGAUCUUGAUUUAAUGGAAGAUUUACGAGAUGUGAUUUAUCGUAGAUGUUCAGUUUCAAGUGAUAAUAUCAAUUCCUUUGGACUUGUAGAUGAAACUAUUGAAGAUAUCACUUCUGAUGGUGUUCUUGGAUUUGCUGAUUCAUUUUGCGUGACUUCCGAUGUUCUUCCAACUCCCAUUCCUCCUCCAAGAUCGAGGAAAAAUCUGAAGUCUCUAAAGACAAACAUUCCAACUACUAAUAAAAAUGUGAUCAAACCCACCGAAAAUCUUUUCACAGAUGAACCUCUGAUUCAGUUGGAAUCGCUCGAUGAUGUAUCUCUCUUUGACCCUCUUCGAGAGAAUAAUGCAAAAGACACCAAUUUAUUAGAUUUUCUGACCACGAAGACUGUCAAUGACUCCAGAGUGGCUGAAUUGAAGAAUACCAUUCAGAACUUGACCUCUAAUUCCAGCCAACAGAUGAGCAGUCAGGCAUCUGUAGGAUUCUACCCUACUGCUUCUUAUUGUAUUCCAAGAGUUGCUCAACCUGGCUUGGUAAUGCCAAGGUAUCCUGUCCCACCACCUGUGAAUUCGAUUCCACCACAGAGUAAUGGAUUUGGCAACUUUGUGAAUACAAUGCAAGAAACAAAGCCAGUGCUGCCACCCAAGACCAAAUCUUCAUCGACCUUUUUUGUUUCGGCCAAUGAACUUUCUGAUGUAGAGAAGAAUUUGCUGGAUGAUUAUGGCUUGAGCAGUUCUCCUCUUUUCAGGAAGAGUUUGGGUGAAACUUCUCAACCACCCCCACCUGAAAUUCCUGAGAAAACAAGACUAAAACCUUUAGACCCUGUUGGUAAUGUGAAGAAAAGUCCAAGGUUAAAACAUAAAGCAAUGCUGACCCAACCGACCUGGCAAAAAUUCACUUAACUUGUUAAUAACUUAAUAAAAGUUGUUAAUAACUUUUUAUUAUUAUUAUAGGACAUGUCUUGUUGAAAAAAAAGCAUAUGGAAUCAAAUAUAAUUAUCCAAGAUAUCCAUAUAUGUUAUGUUGAUAAAUAUCUAUUGUUGCUCUCCUGCUUUAUUUGAAUAAAUUUUAAUGUAAUAUGGUCCAGUGUUUAAUAUUUUAUUGUAAGUUUAAAAAGUUUGAAAAAUAUAAAAUUUUUUGGAGAGUUUAUACAUUAAUUUUUUUUUUCAGCUGACCACAAUAAAACUACAGCAUUUUAGUAAUAAAAAAAAUCCUGAAUGUUUAUUUUUUAGUUUAGGAAUUAACUGUGCAUACUUCUUAAAAAGGAGAUGACAUUGUUUUGUGAUUAUAUUGAUCAUCACUUCAUGUACACAUACUUAUUUGUCAUAAUUAUGUUGCAAUUUUCUAGAAGACAUUAUUUUAAUCCAUUAAAAUAUUCAAUUUUCAUGUAGAAUUUUGCACUUAUUAUCUUUUAAUGAGUGCAAUUAGCUUUCACUGUACACAUUUUAUAUUUUAAAAUAUUAGACAAUUUGUAUUCAAAUAUGAUGCAUGGAAAAUAUGCAAGGCAUUUUCCAGAUAGUUUUCACCAAGGCAUUUCCUAUAAAAUGAUCAUUAAAAUUUCAGAUUAAAAGUAUUUCACUUGUUUGUAUAUUAUUUCAUUUUUAGUUGCAAUAAUAAAUUAGAAAAUAUCAUUUAUAUACAUUUCUGAUAGAGACUUUUGCAUUAUUUCAUAAUUUCUUUCAUAUUCACAGAAUUUGUACAUAUUUAUUUUUAUCAGAGGUAUAUAUAUAUAUUUGAGAAUUUUAUUUUCCUUUGUUAAUGUAUGUUUUCUGUUUAGAUAUUUUAUAAAGUAUGCUUAUUAAAUGUCUAAUUGAUGUAUAAUUACAAUGUGAUAUUGUCAUAACUUAUUUAUAAGUUACAGAGGGCACAGAUUUAUGUUCGAUAAUAUAUUUUUGUUAUAUUGAUUAAUCAAGUGCAAUUUUUAGGUUAGUUUUUGUUAUGCUGUUAAUACAUAUGUAUAUUAGUGAUGUUAAUAUUGCUCAGUUAUGAUGUCAAAAUAUUUAAAAGACUUGCCUUUGUCUGCUUCAAGACAUAUUAAUAGUUCUUGUUUUGUAAUAUGUUAUUUCUUCAGCAAGUUACAUUUUGUGACUUCUAUACUUGUAGCUUAUGACUCAUGUGUAUGCAAAUUUAUUGCAAAAUCUAUUCAUUACAUUUGUAUGGCUCAUGAGCUAUUCAUCAAUUUUCACUCUUGAUUCAAUUUCCCUAUAUGACUGAGUGCUAUUUUAUAAAAUCCAAUUCUGUUUACUUGUGUUAGCUUUUAACAUCAAACUGAUUGAGAAUUUUAUAUUAUUUCAAUGUGAUUUUGAAAUUGCGACACAGAAUGGCCAACUUUCACUCUUGUAUCAUAAAAUAAAAUUGAACACAGAUUAAUAUACUUUUGAAAUGAUAAAAGCAGUUCAAAAUUAUAAAACAAAACAUAAAUAGUUUAUUAUUUAAUUAAAUAAUUUGUAAAAAACAUAUAUAAAAUUGAUUUAUAUAUUAAAAAUCUGAAUAAAAUUAUUCAUUUUUGCAAAAAUGCCUUUUCAGAAUUAAAAAAAAAAGUAUCCAAAGCCAAAUUUUUAUAUGGGUAUGAAAUUCGAUAGUUGUUUAGUGGGUUUUUUCAAGUCCAAUUUCUUUUGGAAAGGUAGAUUAGUUUGCAUCUCAAAUCAGGGUCAAAUAUGACUAAAUAUUAUUAAUUUUUCAUAUAGUUUUUUUUUAUAUUUGCUUAAUCAUAAUUGAUAAAUUAAUUAUAGUUUGGAAAAUUAUUUGUAAAUAGUCUUUAAAAAAAGAACAAAGUACUCAUUUAUUGUUGUUUAUAAUGAUUCUGUAAACCUUGGGUUCAUUUGAAAAAAAUUUCAUUUAGUAAGCACAAGGUCAUUGACUAUGAAAAUUUAAAAUAUGAAAAAAAUUAUGAUUUGCUAAUAUUGUUAAAACCAUUUUUCCAGUUUGAAAUGGCAGCUUUUUUUCCCUUCUUAUAAAUGUUAGUAUAGGAAGUUUCUUACCUUGCAUGUUAUAAUUGUGUUUAUAUAUUAAAUACAAUUAAAAGGUAAAUGGUCUUGUAUCUGUUAUUCAUUUUUAUUAUUUGUUUAGAUAGUGAAGCCUUGCAAAGUAUAUUCUUACUUUACUUCUCUUGUGAAUUUGUGCUAUUGUAUUCAAUCAGCUUAUGUAACAUUUAUUGAAUUGAUUUAUUUCAAGAAAAUUGUCCUUACAGAUUACAGAAUUACCUUACAGAUUACAAUUUGAUGCAUUAACUGUUUUUGUUAUAAAUGAAAUACAUUGAAAAGGAGAUUGUACCUAUGGCAAAAUUAUUGAUAAUUUUGUAUAUUCUGUAAUAUAUCAACUUUUAAGAUAGAUUUAAAAAAAAUAUUUUUGCAUGUAUGUAUUUGAUAAAGAAUAGAAAUAUCUUUUCUAAAUAUUUUAUUAUUUACUUUUAUUAGUUGAAUUCAUGCAAAUAUUCAAUGAUUGGGAAGUUUUAAAUGAAAUUGCACCAUGCUCAUAAGACUUACUUCUGGGUAGGGGGUCUUUUAUUUUAUUUCAUUCCAAAAAAAAUUUGGUAUUCUAAAUUUCUAAUAUAAGUUAUAUUGGGAGAAAAAACUAUUUGUAAAUUUAAUGGAAGAAAAUAUUGUUAAUUUAGUAAUUAGUUAAUUAAUUUCCUAUCUGUUGAUAACAAAAUGUGUAAAUAAUAAUCAUUGUUCUGAUAGAGCGUUGCUUAACUCAGAAUUGAAGCUUUGGAAACAUUUGAAAGAUAUAUCAGAAAAGUAAAUUGUUAUUAAAAUCAGAUUUUAAGUUGUGUUUAUUAUUAUUAUUUUUUUAUAAAUUUAAAAAAAUAUUUUGUAAAUAUUGUUCUAAAGAACUUUCUUGAAAAUAUAAAGCAAUAUUUUCUUUUUUAAUUAUCGUAGAUUAUAAAUUUAAAAGGCUUUCUUGUCAAAGCUAUUUUAGUGCCAAUAACUGCAUUUAUUUCAUAAAUUUUAAAAUAUCUUCCUGUGCAUUUCUUACAAAGGAUUAUUUUUCUUAGUCAUUUUUUAAAAAUUAAAGUUGCAAAUCGUCUGUUAUUAAAAGUAUUUGCAAUAUUAGGAUUACUGGCUCAUAAAAUUAGUGGGGCUAAAAAUUCUCCAAAUCAAUAAAAUUAACAUCAAAAUUUCGUAAGUAAAAAUCUUUUAUUAAUGACUAAUUUUUUCACGUGUCAUUAUUUUAAUCCCUUCUUUUCUGAGAUCUUUUGUCAACAUAUGUUCCAAAAAUAGAAUUACAUAAAGUCUUGUACUUUUCUGACCGUGUGUAAUGUCUUUCUUUUUUUGGUUGCAUUUGUCUUCUAAAAUAAUUUUUAUAAUGUUAAAACAACUAAUUCAUUAUAUUAAUGAGGUUAAAACUUAAGCAUUAAAAUUUAAAUUUGCUUAAAAAUUCUUACUAGUUUACAAUUUUCUUGUACUUUUAGAACUU